GAUAGAUAGCAAGAAAGCAUAGGCUGAGAUUUUCCAUAGCUUACACACCAAACAAACACUACCACCACCUACAUAUUCUAUCUAAUCCCAACAACACUCUUACUACUAUUACUUUACUUACUACACUCUUUCUUCUUCUUCUUCUUCUUCUUCUUGAUUGAUUAUUCUCUCUAAUCAAUCACACUAUGGCUUCUUCUUCUCUUCAUCUUUCUCAAGCAUUCCUCGCACGUGCCGUUUACCUCAACCCUGAAAUUCGUGCAGCUUCACUCUCUUCCACUUCUUCCCUCUCCUUCCCUGCUCUCAAAUCCUCCUCUUCAUCCAAACCACCUACCUCCCGUCGCAGAACCACACCAGCCAUCCGCGCCACCGCUGUUGAAACACUCGACAAAACCACCGAAGCUUCUCUCGUUGAGAAAUCAGUCAACACUAUUCGAUUCCUUGCUAUCGAUGCCGUUGAGAAAGCUAAUUCGGGUCACCCGGGUUUACCCAUGGGUUGUGCUCCAAUGGGUCACAUUCUAUACGAUGAAGUUAUGAGAUAUAACCCAAAGAAUCCUUCUUGGUUUAACCGUGAUCGCUUUGUUUUGUCUGCUGGACAUGGUUGUAUGCUUCAGUAUGCUCUUCUUCAUCUUGCUGGUUAUGACAGUGUCCAGGAAGAUGACUUGAAGCAGUUUCGACAAUGGGGAAGCAAAACUCCUGGACAUCCCGAGAACUUCGAGACAUAUGGAAUUGAAGUCACCACAGGUCCUCUGGGUCAGGGUAUUGCCAAUGGUGUUGGAUUGGCACUUGCCGAGAAGCACUUGGCUGCACGGUUUAACAAGCCUGACAGUGAGAUUGUUGACCAUUACACGUAUGUUAUAUUGGGAGAUGGUUGUCAAAUGGAAGGAAUUUCAAAUGAAGCGUGUUCACUUGCCGGACAUUGGGGUCUUGGAAAGCUAAUUGCAUUUUAUGAUGAUAACCACAUUUCUAUUGAUGGUGACACUGAAAUUGCAUUCACUGAGAAUGUUGAUCAACGUUUUGAGGCACUUGGAUGGCAUGUGAUUUGGGUAAAGAACGGAAAUACUGGGUAUGAUGAAAUUCGUGCAGCCAUUAAGGAAGCAAAGGCUGUCACAGACAAACCUACUUUGAUUAAGGUAACCACUACCAUUGGAUUUGGUUCUCCAAACAAAGCUAAUUCCUACAGUGUUCACGGAGCCGCAUUGGGUGCUAAAGAAGUAGAUGCUACAAGGCAGAAUCUUGGAUGGCCAUACGAGCCUUUCCAUGUGCCAGAAGAUGUUAAAAAGCAUUGGAGUCGCCAUACCCCUGAGGGUGCUGCACUCGAAGCUGAGUGGAAUGCUAAAUUUGCCGAGUAUGAGAAGAAAUACAAAGAGGAGGCUGCAGAGCUAAAGGCUAUUAUUAAUCGUGAAUUACCUGCUGAUUGGGAGAAAGCACUUCCGACUUACACUCCGGAAACCCCUGCUGAUGCUACAAGAAAUCUGUCACAGCAAAAUCUAAAUGCCCUGGCCAAGGUUCUUCCUGGUCUUAUUGGUGGCAGUGCAGAUCUUGCCUCUUCCAACAUGACUUUGUUGAAAUCGUUUGGAGAUUUCCAAAAGGCUACUCCAGAAGAGCGCAAUGUUCGUUUUGGUGUUAGGGAACACGCAAUGGGAGCAAUCUGCAAUGGUAUUGCUCUUCAUAGCCCGGGAUUCAUUCCAUACUGUGCAACUUUCUUUGUCUUCACCGACUACAUGAGAGCUGCCAUAAGGAUUUCAGCUUUGUGUGAAGCCGGAGUUAUUUAUGUUAUGACCCAUGAUUCAAUUGGACUUGGAGAGGAUGGACCAACUCAUCAGCCAAUAGAGCACCUGGCAAGCUUCCGAGCAAUGCCAAAUGUUUUGAUGCUUCGUCCAGCUGAUGGUAAUGAAACUGCUGGAUCAUACAGAGUUGCCGUGCUUAACCAGAAGAGACCCUCAAUUCUGGCCCUUUCUCGGCAAAAGUUGCCUAACCUUCCGGGAACUUCUAUUGAAGGUGUUGAAAAGGGUGGCUACACCAUUUCAGACAACUCAUCAGGUAACAAGCCUGAUGUUAUUUUGAUUGGAACUGGUUCUGAGUUGGAAAUUGCCGCUGCCGCCGCUGAUGAUCUAAGGAAAGAAGGAAAAACUGUAAGAGUUGUUUCUUUUGUUAGCUGGGAACUUUUUGAUGAUCAGUCAGAUGAAUACAAGGAGAGUGUUCUCCCUGCUUCUGUGACAGCUAGAGUCAGCAUUGAGGCGGGAUCAACAUUUGGUUGGCAUAAGAUUGUUGGAAGCAAGGGAAAAACCAUUGGCAUUGAUCGAUUUGGAGCUAGUGCUCCAGCAGGGAAAAUAUACAAGGAGUAUGGCAUAACCAAGGAAGCUGUUAUUUCUGCUGCCAAAGAAGUUUCAUAGAUCUGUUGAGGUUCUGUUUUUUCUUUUUUAAUCCAGAACUUGUGGGUUUCAUUGGUGGCUUUGUAUUACUAUUAUUACGAGAGUUGUUUCUUGAGAUAUCAUUUUAGCCACAAUAAGGAUGAAUAGAUUGCUCUAGCAUAUGAUUCUCAAAGGAGCAACAUAGAUUAAAUGAUGAGAUCAAUUAAGGAAGUUGUAUGAAUUGUAACAACUAUUUUGGCUUGUGAAUUACAUAUUGUGAUGUAGUUGAAUUCAGUGAUUCUCACUCUACCA